UGAGGACGGGUGAUGGCGCUCGUAGGCAGGGACCAGCUGACCACACAGCAUGUCACUACACAAACAUGACAGCAUGCAUCUGGCCAUUUGGGCAAGGGACUCGGAGGGUCUAGUUCAUCAACUGCUGUGCGACUAUUAAAAAUACCCGGCAAAACAAAGACAGCCGAAUGAAAUACCCCUUCUUUCAUUUUAUGGCCAAAAGCAGUCGAGCUUGAUAAAUGUGCCCCCCUGACUGUGAGCAGGAAGACUAUCUCCCCACUCGCUGCCGCAAUCAUAGGAGGAGACUCUCUGGAGUAGAUUUAUCAAAACUGUCUUAAAGGAAAACUGGCUUAGUUGCCCAUAGCAACCAAUCAGAUAAAAAAAUAUAUUUUUCAAAAAUUAAAAAUAAAAUUAAAAAUGAAAGGUGGAAUCUGAUCGCAUCAUUAGAGGCCACUGACAGCCGACUGCUCCUGGACCUGCCAUUGUUUCAGUCCAGGUGUGUCCCGAUAGUCAGUAGUAAAUCACAAGUGUAACACCCUGGAGUGCUGUUACCAUUCCUACACCCUGCUACUGUCUCUAAUGGGCUAACAUAAAUGCCAUCUUAUGUAUUUCUUUCCAGGUCCUUUACAUUGUGCAAUUAUAUGAUUACUAUGCAACUGUUUGUUCAUGUAAUAUGCCUGGUUCACCAGCAGGUGGCAGUGUAAAUGGCAGAGCUAUAAUUAGAGAGAAUGGAACUCACCAUUCCAUUCCCCCCUCUCUGGGCAGAAGUGGGCCAGUCCUGCUUCCUACCAGUAGGGAAUGGCAGAAGUUCCAGUUAGAGCAGGAGUCUAGUCUGGACAGGAGAGAAGUAAGGAAGGGGGGGGGGGGCACGCUCAGGCAUGCCUAUGUCAGCCAGAGCAGCCUAAGCUCUGCUCACCAUGGAAGCAGAUGUCUGGAAGCCAUAGGGGCCAGAGGAAAAUCGUUCUUCGGUCACCAUAAGAGAAAUCAGCAAGAGGAAGAGUUCUUCGGCCGAAGAUAAGUUAUUUACUGAGUGUCAGAAGGGGGAUAACAGUGGACGGCACCCCAUCCAAGGACACCAGAACAGAUCUAACGUACAGAAACAAGACUUAAGCAGAGAGGCCACUAAUUAGUAAUAAGUAACAGCAAAACUGCUGAUUCCUCCCCUAACAACUCUAUAAGGAGGACGGGGCAUUUACUUCUACUUUCUGAAUUUUGUUUUCCUUUUUGGAGAAAUGACGCCACAUUGAUGUCUAUUGGUUUUUGUUCCCACCUGAUGUUAAUCAGGAUCUAUAGAAGCUGGUGAGGAGCACACGAGGAGGGGCACGUACUUCUCCCCAUGACUGUAUAUGGAGGCACAGAGAUCAGAAGUGGAAACAACUUGUGGUCUCCUCUGUGCACUGACUGCUCUGUACAGACGGCUGAGAACUACUGACCGCCGUGUUGGUUGGACGGAUGUGGGUGACAAAAUGUUCUUCACCAGACAAAGAAAGGUCGUCAUCCUGAUAGAAGACCACCACACGUCUUAUACUGAAGUCUCUGUAAGACCUGACACCAUUCUACAGCAUCUUAAGAAUCCCCGUGAGCGGCUAAAGACAUGAAGACUCCCGAUAACGCCAAGAUCUGGACGCCUUCCUGGAAAUUCCUGAUUAUUACUGUCCUCCUAGGAGCCAAUAUUGUUCUCAUCCGUAUUAUCGAAGCACUUGUUUAUAAUUGGGAACUCUCUGAAGCUAAACACUCUGAAAUUCUGCAUGAGCUCUGUAUGAACAGCAGUGACGUGGCCGGAGUUUGUCAGCGCCUUUAUAACCACCAUCCAACAAAACAAAGUAAUACUGAAUGUAAAGAACUACGUCAGGAGCUCUGUGUGUACAACGCUGACAGUGCUUCAGGUUGUCUUCUGUGUCCUAAUGGUUGGAUUCUACAUGGAGACGACUGUUAUUACUACUCAGAUGUAAAAGAGAUGACAUGGAACCAGAGCCGGGAUCAGUGUGAGAAGAUGGGAGCUGAUCUACUGGUCAUAAAGAACCAGGACCAGCAGGAGUUUAUAGAGAGAUAUUUCUCUCUCUGGUGGGGAGAGAACUCAUACUGGAUAGGACUUCACCGUGAUGGAGACGGCUGGAGAUGGGUGGAUGGAGAACAUUAUAACAGCGGCUUGAUCCAGAUAAAGACACGACCAUCAGGACGCUGUGUAUCAAUGACUAGAUCUGGUUAUUAUCAGGAGGACUGCAAUACCAACUACUUAUGGAUCUGUCUAAAGAAAGCCGUGCGGAUCUGACCUUUAUGUAAUGUAGAUGAAGCUGAAUAAAGUUAUAAAAACUUUCCAUUA